GCCGACGAUAACGACGCGAGCGACCGAGUGGGAAAUAAAGACUGACCUUGGCGCGGUGCGGGAGGCCGGUGUUCCAGGAUCGUCUCGUCCAAAUCCGCGCGACGUCCGUCGGCGGUGAGGUGCCAACGUCGGAAUACUGGCCGGGAUAUAACGCGAUUCUCUCUCGGUCCUCGUCUCUCUCUCCUUGCCAUGGACGUCUCCGCGUUCUCCGAGGACAGCUUCGACGUGAAGGAAUGGAUCAAUCGGACCUUCAAGUCCGCUGAGGCGCAGGAGAACAAGGACGCUUUUGUCUCAUCAUUGGUGAUGAAGUUGCAAUUGUACGUACAACAAGUUAAUGGUGCCUUAGAAGAGACUAGUCAAUCAGUUCUGUCCAGCUUACCGAGAAUUUUAAGAGACACUCAACUCCUGCAGCAAGAAACAUUAGCAUUACGAGAGAAAAUGGUUGCUGUCAAACAAGAGAUUGCCAAGGUUGAGAAAGAUACAGCCUCUUCCAUGGCAAUGCUGGAGAAGAUUGAUAGGAUAAAAACAGAGUUACAAACUGCUAAACAAGGAUUACACGAGGCUGACAAUUGGACUGUAUUAGCAAACGAUAUGGAAGAGGUCUUUGAAUCUGGUGAUAUUGAAGCUAUAUCAAACAAAUUGUUCAGCAUGCAAAAAUCUUUAGUUAUGCUCGCGAAUGUAGUCGAUUAUGAAGAUAAAAAGCUGCAAUUGGAAGGCUUGAAAAAUCGUCUCGAGGCGAUAGCCAGUCCACGAUUAGUCCAAGCCUUUACCGCUGCCAAUUUAGAGCAAUCCAAAACUUACGUGGACAUUUUUAGCAAGAUGGAACGUCUGCCUCAGCUCCUUAAAUAUUAUCACAAUUGCUUAAAAGUCUCUUUAGGGCAAGAAUGGAGACGUACUAUCGAGUUAGCACAAGAUGAGAAUGUUACCUAUUGGCUGCAUACGUACUAUGAUAAGUUGUUAUCUUCUUGGCAUGAACAGGUGAAAUGGUGCCACCAAGUAUUUCCCAAUACUUCGAUAGAUAUUCUCAUCGAGGUUUAUGCUGAUCUUUUGAAGAGUCUCGAUCCCGGUAUUCCAGAAUGUAUAGAGGCAGUUUUGAAACAACAUUCUAACGCGGUGCAGUUGCCCUUAUUACUUGAAUUAAAACAAAUGACGAGACAUUUUGCUGUAAAUCUGAGUGGCGCUAUCGAAACAUCGUUUCGCGGGAAAUUGCAGAAUGAAAAAUUACUGUCGCUAGCGCAAGCUAUAUAUGCGCCGUAUAUCCCUUACGUCGCAAAGUACAAAACGCUUGAAACUGCACAGCUAGAACAACAGCUCCAAUUCUUGGAUCGUUCGCAUGACGAUUUAAGUGAUAUCAUUAAUUCCCUUUCUCUUAGUAUUUCACGGAUUAUAGGAUAUGCCAAUGAAGCCAAUAAACGCUGUAAGCUCUUUACAGAAGGUUGUGGAUAUCCGGGUUUACUGCAAUCAUUAAACAUUUAUUUUAAUAAAUAUCUCGAGAAAUAUCAACAAGGGCUGAGACAACUCGAACGAAAGAAGGUGAAACAUGAAGACUGGAGCUUAUUCCAAAUGUGUCUUACUUUGAUGCAAACUAUAGGCGAUCUCUUGCAACAAGUACAACAAUUCGAGAAGUCGCUCGUGAUUGACAUUACAGAAGCUAAUAACAAAUUGCAGAGUACAAACGAUAGUGUUUUCUGUCAAUAUAAAAAAUUACUUUUAACUUCAGCAGGAUGCGCCGAUUUAGAAAAUCUCGUUACAUCUUUCCAAAGAGAAGACAAGACAAUUCUCGAUUCAAUUAUAAAAUCUAUCCAGAAACUCUGCUCUGAUUUACAUCACACGACGUACGAAGUUAUCUUUGCUCCAAUAUUCUCUCAACUGUUAUUAGUACAAAAAGCUCCAGCCUGGUCGUUGGAUGCCAACAAAAUGUCUAAUCUAAGUUCAGAUCUGCCAGAUUACAGUUUCGCACCUCAAGAAUACAUCACGCAGGUCGGACAAUAUUUAAUGACGUUACCGCAGCAUUUGGAACCGUUUUUGUUGAGAGACAAUCCGAGUCUAACGCAAGCGUUGAAGGCAGCCGACCCGCAAUAUGCUCAAGGAUUGACCGAAUCUGGUUUUACCGGUAUACUCUUGGACAUCGUUGCUCGGGGAACAUGCCAAAUGUUCCAGGAUCAGACCUUGGGUAUUUGUCAAUUGAACUCUGUUGCUUGCAAACAGCUCGCAACUGAUAUCGAUUAUCUCGGCAACGUAUUGGAGGAGCUCGGUUUGUGCUUAUCGGAAAAUCUUCAACACAUGUCCUUAUUGUUAAGAUUAUCUCCGGAGGAUUAUCAGAAUGGCAGCUCUGGAUGCAAUGCUCGUGUCGUGGCUGCAGUCAGACAAAUGCGUAACAUUACUUCUUCCGGUUGAUAUAGUUUCUCAUCUCUAAUGAGAUAUAACAUCGCAAUGUCAGAAUCCGUUCUCAAUGUAUUUCCGGCAAAAAUAUUUCUUAUACAGCUAUGAUGGAAUUAUUUGCAGUUAUAUUAUGAUGUAAAAAGAUAAUAUGUAUAGUAUUUUUUAAUAUACGCAAAUAUAAGCUUUCCUAUCUCUUGUCUCUU